UCCCUCCCUCACACUCUUUACCCCAAGAAAGCCUCGUGAGCCCAUAACCACUGCAGUACCUUUCAUCUUUCCGCAUCCCAACUCUCUACACCACCCUUCCUCUCUCACCACUCUUCUACACACAACAGCAACACCAGAACAUUCCACUGUUCUAGACACGCGCCUAGGGGGCUCUUCCUACUGUGGAUGGAGUCCUCUACCAUUCUCGUUCACCAACCUCCACCCACCAUUUCCGAACCCUCCCUCUCCUUUGACAGCAUUACCGAACGGUCUGCAGCCAUCAUGCAGAACGGAACCACCUACGCGGACAGCGAGAGCGAUCUUUCCGAACCAGCAGCACCUCUCGCUGCCGAAACAUCUCCGCCAAGUGUCGAAGUAAAUGGCGAUGAUGAAAAACACCUAAACCACGAAGAAUCGAGUUCCCAAUCCGACGAGCCAGAACCUGAGGGUGAUGGUGAUUACGAGAUGGACAUGUCGAUACAGGCGGACGGCGCCAAGUCUGACCAGCACAACUCCUCGUCGGACGAAUCUGUCAGACCUGCGAAGAGGAAGGCUCAGCAACCGCUUGAUGAAGAGGACUACAUUAGAAAGAACCCCGAGAUCUACGGUCUGCGAAGAAGUGGACGGGCUCGUGCUGUGCCGAACAUGGCAGAAUCUUCCGAUGACCAGGAUUCCGCCUCAGAUGUCGUUCCUCGUCCUCGAAAGCGUUUGCGACAAACCUCUCGACGAUCUUCGAAGCAGGCCACUCCUCUAGUUGACACACCUUCCGAUUCCGAUGCUUCUUCUGACGCGUAUGGCGGUCGACGUGCGAAGCUGACCAAGAAACAACGCCGUCGUCUGUUGCAGUCUGCGGAGAGCCUCACACCUGCCCACGCCGAAGUUCGAUUCUCCACCCGCCGAGCCGCUAGAGUGUCUAAUUACAACGAGGACGAUGAUGAUGACAUGUUUGAAGAGGAUGAUCCUGAUACCAUGACACCCAACUACUGGGUAACUGGCCAAGAGGACAACUCCCCGGCUAUUGACAUGAUCCUGAAUCACCGUCUGAGGGCCGAUGUCACGACCCCGUCGCAUUCCAAGGAAGACUACGAGUUCCUGAUCAAAUGGCAGCAGAAGGCUUACUAUCAUGCCACGUGGGAGACUCUGGAGUCACUCGCGGGCGUGAAGAGUCUCCGCCGACUGGAGAAUUACAUAAAGAAGACGUUACAGGAGGAUAUCCGCAUCCGCAACGACCCUAACGUUGCCCCGGAAGACAAGGAGAAGUGGAUCCUCGACCGCGAACAAUAUCUGGACGCCUUGGAGGAACACAAAAAUGUCGAGAGAGUUAUAGGCGCUCGCGAUGGCGAAGACGGUACUGAAUACUAUGUCAAGUGGAAGGGCCUGUCGUAUGAUAAUGCGACAUGGGAGGCCUCGAGUCUCGUCAGCGAAAUUGCCCAGCAUGAGAUUGAUCGCUACAUCAACCGCAGUCAUCAGGAUUUCAAGUCUAACACCUCCGAGAGCAAUCCUUCCACUCGAUCAGCCUUCCAACCCAUGCGUGAACAACCAUCUUACAUCCAGAACGGUACUCUAAGAGAUUUCCAGAUGACUGGCGUCAAUUUCCUCGCUUACAAUUGGGUAAAGGGGAAGAAUGUUGUGCUCGCAGAUGAGAUGGGCCUGGGCAAGACUGUGCAGACUGUCGCUUUUCUGAGCUGGCUGAGACAUAACCGUGGACAGCAGGGUCCGUUCCUAGUCGUUGUUCCACUCUCAACGAUGCCAGCCUGGGCAGACACGUUCGAUAUGUGGGCACCUGAUAUCAACUAUGUCAUCUACAACGGCAACCAGAACUCUCGAAACAUUAUCCGCGACUAUGAGCUGUUGCCUGACGGCAAUGUCCGCCACCCUCGCUUCCAUGUUCUCCUCACCACCUACGAAUACGUCUUACAUGAUGCUUCGUUCUUGAACCAAAUCAAAUGGCAAUUCAUGGCUGUUGAUGAGGCCCAUCGUCUCAAGAACCGGGAUUCCCAACUGUACGACCGCUUGCGCGAAUUCAAGGCACCCGCUCGUCUGCUGAUCACAGGCACACCCGUCCAAAACAAUCUCGGUGAACUAUCGGCUCUGUUCGAUUUCUUGAAUCCAGGGGUCGUCAACAUUGACGAGAACAUGGACUUGACUACCGAGGAGGCUAGUGCCAAGAUUGCGCAACUUACCGAGGACAUCAAGCCGUACAUGCUUCGAAGAACCAAACAGAAAGUCGAGAAGGAUUUGCCGCCCAAGACCGAGAAGAUCAUUCGGGUGGAGCUGUCUGACAUCCAGUUGGAAUAUUACAAGAAUAUCCUCACCAAGAACUAUGCUGCGCUGAACCAAGGCGCCAAAGGCCAAAAGCAGUCCCUCUUGAACAUCAUGAUGGAACUCAAGAAAGCCAGCAACCAUCCCUUCAUGUUUCCCAGUGCUGAAGAGCGCCUGGUGCCGGAGGGUGCUCGGCGGGAUGAAGUCUUACGCGCUCUGGUCACCAGCAGUGGAAAGAUGAUGCUUCUUGACCAGUUGCUCACUAAGCUCAAACGCGAUGGCCAUCGUGUGCUGAUCUUCAGCCAGAUGGUCAAAAUGCUCGACAUCCUCGGUGACUACAUGGAAUACAGAGGCCACGCCUACCAGCGCCUUGAUGGCACUAUCGCCGCCGCUCCCCGUCGUAUUGCCAUCGAUCACUUCAACGCCCCUGAUAGCAACGACUUUUGUUUUCUACUGUCCACCAGAGCUGGCGGUCUAGGCAUCAACCUCAUGACUGCCGAUACCGUUAUCAUCUUUGAUUCCGACUGGAAUCCCCAAGCAGACUUGCAAGCCAUGGCCCGAGCUCACCGAAUCGGCCAACAGAAGCCUGUCAGCGUCUACCGAUUGGUUUCGAAGGAGACUGUCGAGGAAGAGAUCCUCGAGCGUGCGCGGAACAAACUUAUGUUGGAGUUCUUGACCAUACAGCGUGGUGUUACUGACGAGAAGGCUCAAGCUCGACGCAAUGCCAUGGUUGGAGAACCUGGCAGCUCCAGUGAGAUCUCCCGCAUUCUCAAGAAGCGCGGACAGAAGAUGUUCGAGCAGACCGACAAUCAGAAGAAGCUUGAAGAACUUGAUCUCGAUGCAGUGCUUAAUAGCGCCGAAGACUACAAGGUUGAGCAACCCGAUGGCACUGAGGCAGACGGAGGAGAAGAGUUCCUACGUACGUUUGAUUUCGUCGAUGUCAAGGUGGAUGAAUUGUCGUGGGACGACAUCAUUCCGAAAGAACAGCUUGAGGAGAUCAAGGCCGAGGAGCAGCGCAAAGCCGAGGAGAAAUAUCUCGCAGAAGUCAUCGAACAGAACAAGCCAAGGGUCCGCAAUCACCAAGUUGAAGACAGGGAAGCUCGCAAGGCCCGGCGUCAAGAGCAGCGGCAGAAAGAGAUUGAGUCAGACAGCGACUCUGAGGAAAGUCUCAAGGCUGAUCCUGCCCGACCCCUCAGCGAGCGAGAGUAUCGGUAUCUCAUCAAGGGCCAUCUCCGAUAUGGAUCGAUCGACGACCGCCAGGAAGAAUUUUUGACUGAAGCGCGUCUCCGGGGUAGGGACCUGGGUGUUGUCAAAGCCGCCAUGCAGGAGAUAUGGGACAAGUCACUCGAGCUCUACAAAGAGGAGCAGGAACGCAUGGCCGAGUUGGAGCGCACCGCGAAUCGACCCAUUACCAAAAAGGACAGAAAGGCAAUCCUCUUUGAGUUGCAUGGGGUGAAGCGGAUCAACGCCGAGACGAUUCUCGAACGACCGGGCGAGAUGCGGCUGCUGCAAGAAGUCACCUCGAAGAAUCCCGACUUCAAAUCGUUCCGUGUUCCCGAAGCAACCAAGAAUGCCGGGUAUACUUGCUCUUGGGGUGCUCGGGAAGAUGGUAUGUUGUGUGUCGGCAUUGCUCGCCACGGCUACGGUGCCUGGGAGAAGAUCCGUGACGAUCCUGACCUUGAUCUCAAGGAUAAAUUCUUCCUCGAAGAGCAUCGAGUUGACAAGAAGGCCGAACGAGAGAAAGGGAGCGACAAGAACGUGAAAUCCCCUGGUGCUGUCCACCUAGUUCGACGUGCCGACUAUCUCAUUUCGGUGCUGAAGAGCAAGUAUGUGGAUGAUCCCGCUGCCAAGAGAGCGGUGGAAAACCAUCAUCGCAACAACAAGAAGCAUGGUGCUGAGAAGAGUACGGGCACUGAAUCGCCUGCACCUGGGUCUCAUCGCAAGGUUAACCGGGACUCGGAAAAGCCUCGACAUCGAACCAGUCAAGCUCAUCGCGAUAGUUCCGAGAGAAACGGUACUCCCCGCUCCGACGCCCGACAUGGACAUGGUAAACGUGACAGUGAGAGUCGAGACCACAAAGACCAUAAAGAUCGCAAACAUCGCGAUGACCAUGGCCAGGCUCGCCACGGAAAGCAUGCAAGUGAUCACAAACGAAGUAGCAAUCAUGCCAAUGCAAGUGAUCACAAACGAAGCACCAACAAUACCAACGGCACCGCGCCGGAGGUCGAUCCGCUUAUGGUGAUGUUGUUUAAACCCGUCAAGGAGAAAUUGAAGAAGAUGAAGGCAUCCACCAAGAGCGCCAUACCCGACCCGGGCGAAAGAGCUGCGGAGUUGAGGAAUUUGCUGAGGGACAUUGGUAAUUUCAUCAACCAGCAACUUGCUGAGCUUGAUGAUAAUCAUGAAGCUGUGGAAAAGCGCUUCUGGGAAUAUGCCAAGUUGUACUGGCCAAACCGAGGUAUCUCAAGCGAAGAAGUUCAAAACAUCUACAUCAAGAUCUUGGUAGCCGACGAAGACAAAGCACAAGAAGAGCGCAAGAAAAAAGAGCGAGAGCAAAAAGGACUCAAGGCUGAGCCUGCCGCUCAGGGUUCGCCUAAGGACGACUCGCACAAAUCUUGAAGGUCCAACCAACGGCUCUUACGACACAUCGCCGCCGAAUUGACGGAGCAGGCCACUGCUGCCCUUGGACUGCGUCAGACUGGGCGAUCCCAUUUUUUUGACACUGUUUGGGGAUAUUGCAAUACCGGUUCUUGGACUUUUAUUCUACCUCUACGAUCCAUACCAGGGUCCGUUUUGCAGAGCCACCUGGCAACAAAGCGAGGUGAUGUUUGUCGAAAGCCACGGUCUUCCACGAAAUACAGCCCAACGUGUUGAACGUUUAGCAUACGCAACUUGCAGUGAGAUGACGAUUGACGAUUAUGGAAUUAGACGUGGAGAGAAACGACCAACACUGCACGGGGUCUCUUGAACACGGAGGAUCAAGAACGUCUCGUGUUCCCUGUGUGCCGGCGUGAUUGAUAUUAUGGGACUCGGAGUGGAGCAUUGCAUGUUACGGGAGUUGGUGAUAUCGUCGAUUAUUAUGAUUCCCAAGCACUUGAACGACUCGAGCAUGGAGCCACGGAGUUGGAUUGAUUUUUGAAAUUGGGUGGAGGGAUUGGAGGCGUGCAGGAAAAAAAAAAUGGUGGUAUCGAAGGGCGUGGAGGAAAUGGAGGUAGGCAGGCAGGCCAGGGGGAGGAAAUCGUGGAAGAAAAGGGGAUCAACCAAUGGGAAGGGCUAAGACCUCUGAGUCGGAGGACAAGCAAAGCCCCUGAACGAGUAUCAGUGAUUGUUUUGUUCCAAGUCCCAAAGACUUUCAGGGACAGACAGCGAGCGCGCGUUAUUUCAGGCACCUUGAGCGAAACGAGACGAGACGCUUGGUAAUUAGAGCGCGAGUGGUCCUGGUCAACCCAGCACCGCGAGCGAGCAUUGUACUGUACGGUUACAAUUCAGAAAAGUUGCAAGCAAGCAUUCAAGCCCUGACUUACUUCUACAUAUUGAUUGUAGAACAACUAUAUUGUAAAAGUGAACAGAACAUUCUUUGAUUGCGCCUAUCCCGACCCGAACCCGAACCCGAACCCAAUCCCAAAUGCAUAUCGCCAGGUCAACUCGUCCGAUAAUGUACUAGAGUAGUACAAUACCAAUUUAUUAACAAG